AAUAUAUUUUUUAAACAAGAUUUUUUAAGAGUAGAAGACAAUUCAAUUUCUCCCUUGCUCCCGGGGCAUGUGCAGAGUAUGAUCCUGGACGGGUCCGAUACAACAGCCGUGCAUCUGACGUGGCUGCUCUCCCUACUGGUCAACCAUGCUGACGUAAUGGAUCGCCUGCGACAUGAAAUAGACUCAAAAGUCGGCGGCAGAUGGGUGGAAGACGACGACGUCAAGGACAUGCCGUACCUUCACGCGGUGGUGAAGGAGACGCUCCGGCUGUACCCGCCGCUGCCGGCCUACGCGCCGCACGCGACGACGGAGGACUGCAAGGUGGGCGGGUACGACAUCCCGAGAGGGACCCACUUGUACGUGAACGCGUGGAAGGUGCACCGGGAUUCGCGGAUCUGGUCGGAUCCCGACGAGUUCCGGCCGCAGAGAUUCCUGCCGGCAGCGGACGCGGCGGGGCGGGGGAAGCAUUACGAGUUCGUGCCGUUCGGCGGCGGGCGGCGGGCGUGCAUCGGGAGUGCUUACGCAAUGCAGGCGACGUACCUGAUUAUUGCCCGCUUGGUUCAGGGGUUUAAUUUCGCGACCCCGUCGAAUGGACGGCUGGAUAUGAGCGAAGCAGAGAAGAAGAAGAAGAAGAAGAUCAAUCGGAUGGGCCACAAGAGGGGUUCUUAUUCUUCUUCUUCGGUGAACAAGCUGUUCUCAUGGGUGAGGAAGCAGUCGAUGAAGGUGAAGCUCUUCCUGGGCCUGAUCACGGCGCUGGCGGCGCUGCUGGCUCUCAGCCGCUCCGUCAAGGACCGCAACCAGUUCUUCGUCGCCGCUGAAGCCAUCCAUUUCGCCGGAAUUUUGGUCUUGAUUUACAAACUCAUCCGCAAGAAGUCCUGCUCCGGGCUGUCACUCAGGUCUCAGGAGCUCACAGCUCUAUUUUUAGCUAUAAGAUUGUACUGCAGCUUUAUCAUGGAAGCUGAUAUACACACCCUGCUAGAUUUCGUCACGCUUUUGUCAACGCUAUGGGUUAUGUACAUGAUCAGAUUCAAGCUGAAAUAUACCUACAUGGCGGAGCUUGACAAAACGCCCUUAUAUUAUAUAAUUGUGCCUGCUGCAGUUCUAGCUGUUCUUGUGCAUCCAUACUCUCAUCUCAAUAUAAACAUCCAUAGAGUGGCAUGGGCAUUUUGUGUGUACUUGGAAUCCGUUGCAGUGCUACCUCAGCUUCGCAUGAUGCAAAAGGCUAAGCUGAUAGAACCAUUCACAGCCCAUUAUGUGUUUGCGUUGGGGGUUGCACGAUUCCUUGAAUGUGCUCAUUGGAUCAUUCAGAUAUAUGAAUCGGGCGGGAAAUAUUUGUAUCUAGUUGGAAGUGGAUAUCUCUGGGUACCUGCUAUUUAUGCAGCAGAAAUGGUCCAAACCUUCAUUUUAGCUGAUUUUUGCUAUUAUUAUGUCAAGAGUGUCAUGAGCGGAAAACUACUCGAGACCCUCCAAUCACCGGUCUAAAGUUGUAUCUUGAUUCUUUAAGAGUUAACAAUUGUAACAUUUAUUGGUGUUUUAAGGUAUGUGCGGGGCAUUGUUGGGCUUGAAAGUGAUUUCUAUUCUCCUAACAAUCAAACUAUCCUAGAGUU